AAAUCAAUUUCAAAAGGAAGCCGAUUCUGUUCUCAUUCAGCCCUUCGACAUCUUUUCAAUUGUCUCACUCCUUCAAAGCUCAUCGCCAUGGCGGCAGCGAACAACACCAACGUUCCCACCGCCACAAGCGUCAUCACGGAUUGGCAUCAGAGACCUCCAAACCCCAAGAACCCCAUCGUCUUCUUCGACGUCACCAUCGGCACAAUUCCCGCCGGCCGCAUCAAGAUGGAGCUCUUCGCUGACAUCACCCCCAAGACCGCUGAGAACUUUAGGCAGCUCUGCACUGGUGAAUACAGAAAAGCAGGAGUACCAGUAGGUUACAAAGGAUGCCAUUUUCAUAGAGUAAUUAAAGAUUUCAUGAUUCAAGGUGGUGAUUUUUUGAAGGGUGAUGGUAGUGGAUGCGUUAGCAUAUAUGGAAGUAAGUUUGAGGAUGAAAAUUUCAUUGCAAAGCAUACAGGUCCUGGCCUGCUAUCUAUGGCAAAUAGUGGGCCUGGGACUAAUGGAUGCCAGUUCUUCAUAACAUGCUCCAAAUGUGAUUGGCUGGACAAUAAGCAUGUCGUUUUUGGGAGAGUAUUGGGUGAAGGUCUUUUGGUCGUCAGGAAGAUCGAGAAUGUCGCGACUGGACCUAACAAUCGUCCUAAACUUCAAUGUCUCAUAGCUGAAUGUGGCGAAAUGUAGUUCUGUGAUAACCUCCUAUGAGAUAUUUAACUUCCAUCUAUAUUGAAUGACUGAACUAUAAAAGGUAGUAGCCUUGAUUUGUCUUUUAUAAUUGAAAUUGUCGAUGAAGUUACAAGUUUCAUGAAGCUGGGGAAAGCUCUUGUUACUUGUGAGAUGUUAAUCCUAAGCUAGUAUAUGGAAUUCUUAUAGAUGUGGUUUUUCCUUUUGCUGUAA